AUGCCUCUUGGGGAUGCUGAUACCAUCCGCAUUCUUGUCUCCACAGACAACCAUGUUGGGUACAAUGAACGUGACCCUGUUCGUGGUGAUGACUCCUGGAAAUCCUUCCAUGAAGUUAUGUGCCUUGCCAAAGAUCGCGAUGUCGAUAUGGUACUGCUUGCUGGUGAUUUAUUCCAUGACAACAAGCCAUCCCGCAAGUCGAUGUAUCAAGUAAUCCGCUCAUUACGCAUGAACUGCUACGGUGAUAAACCAUGUGAACUUGAGCUUCUCAGUGACGCUAGCGAGAAUUUCCAAGGCCCAUUCAACCAUGUGAACUAUGAAGAUUUGGAUAUAAACAUUGCCAUUCCCGUAUUCUCUAUUCAUGGCAAUCAUGAUGACCCAUCCGGGGAGGGACAUUUAGCAGCGCUGGAUAUUUUGCAGGCCUCUGGUCUACUGAACUACUACGGACGAACACCUGAGUCCGAUAACAUUCAAAUCAAACCAGUACUAUUACAGAAGGGCCGAACGAAGCUGGCUCUAUAUGGGAUGAGCAAUGUUAGGGAUGAACGACUCUUUCGGACAUUUCGUGAUGGGAAAGUCAAGUUCUUUCGACCGACUAUGCAGCAGAGCGAUUGGUUGAACCUGAUGAGCGUCCACCAGAACCACCAUGCGCGGACAGAAACAGGAUACUUGCCUGAAACCUUCUUGCCUGAUUUCAUGGACUUGGUUGUAUGGGGUCAUGAGCACGAAUGUUUGAUUAAUCCACGCGUGAAUCCAGAGACUAAAUUCCAAGUGAUGCAGCCUGGGUCCUCCGUUGCAACAUCUCUUGUACCGGGUGAGGCAGUACCGAAACACGUUGCCAUUCUCAGCAUAACCGGCCGGGAAUUUAAAUGCGAGCCGAUCCGUUUGAAGACCGUACGGCCAUUUGUCAUGAGGGAUAUUAUUCUUCAUGACGUAGAAGAGGCACAGCGGUUAGCGAGGAAAGAAAACCAUCGUACUGAAAUCACACGUUUGUUGAUGAAAAUUGUGUAUGAUCUUAUAGAAGAAGCUAGGGAUGACUGGCUUGCAUCACAAGACGAUUUUGAUUGCAAUACAUCCCAGGUUCCUCUCCCAUUAAUUCGGCUUCGCGUGGAGACGUCCAUCCCUGAAGGUGGGAGCUUCGAUUGCGAGAACCCGCAGCGCUUCUCAAAUCGAUUUGUAGGACAUGUGGCUAAUGUUCAUGACGUUGUUCAAUUUUACCGCAAGAAGAAAUCUGGGGCACUUUCCCAUAGCAAAACAGACGUCCUUGAUGAGUCGGUGGUCUCUCACCUUGCUUCCCUGGAUACCAUAAAAGUCGAACGCCUUGUUCGCGAGUUCCUUGCUGCCCAGUCUCUUACAAUCCUCCCGCAAAAUUCUUUUGGAGAUGCAGUUUCUCUAUUUGUCGACAAAGACGACAAGCAUGCCAUGGAAAUAUUUUUGAACGAAUCUUUAGAAAGCCAAAUGAAGCAUUUAAUGGACUUGGAUCGUGAUAAUGACGCGAGCGCCGGAGACUAUGAUGACGAGGAAAUGAGAGAUAACCUCCACACUGCGAUGGAUAAAUAUCGCGAGCAAUUAGAAGAAUUGUUCUCUAAGGGCAAGGGAAAGCAAAAUGGUGGCAAUAGGAGAUACAAGCCGAAACCAGAUGGGUGGGAAAGUGGGUUGGAUGGCCCGUGGGAGGAUCAACCAGGCGCGUUAAUCCGCUCAGACCAUGAAGAUGACUUAAAUGAAGACAUGGACGAAGACGAAGCACGUCCUACUGCUCGCACACGGGCAGCCGGUGCUGUUUCAACCCGAGGUACAAGAGGCACCAGAGGUAGUAGGGGGCGAGGGGGUGGAGCGUCAAGGGCAAAGCCAUCAUCAAAACCAGCACGGGGUCGUGGCCGGCAAGCAGUGUCAGACAAAGAUGAUGGUUCCCAGGAUAUUGUUAUGCUUGAUGAUGUCGAUGAAGUCUCGGGCACAGAUGCAGACUCUUUAUUUGUUCAACAAUCGACAAGAAAACCUCGUUCUACUACCACAGCUUCAAGAGGCCGCAAAACAGCAGCUGCGUCAACGCGCAAGACAGCGACGUCCACUUCUUCCAGUCGUGGUAAACAAUCACAGUCCAUGUUGACCUUCGGCCGUUCCUCUGAACCAAGUCAGAGCCAAACAAUAGUUGGAACAGCUAGCACUGGCGGCAGAAGCCAGCGGCCGACACGACGUGCGGCUGCCACAAAGAAUAUUGUCACUAGUGACAUUGAAGACGACGACGAAGAUGAUGCGUUUGAGCCAGUGUGA